AGUGCAGGGUUGGCUUUAUUAUGCAGAUAUAAUGUUUAAACGCCAUUUACAGCACAGUACGCAGGUGAAAUUCACCACCUGAGACAGGAUGAGACUUGAUCAUAAAUUGGACUGUCCACAGAAAGAAACACAAAAAAACACGUUUGCAAAAUGUCCACACGUGGAUCAGGAGGAAAAGCAGUAUCAGCAUUUUGACCACAGGAGGGUGUUGAAGCCACAGCAUCAAUGAAAAGGCACGUGUUCCCCACAACAAAGCCAUUUCCCAAAAAGUGGAAAAACGGUCGAAUAGAAACAUAAAUGUGUAAUAACAGGGACAUCACUGUGACGGCAUAAUCUGUCCUAAUAGAUAAUCAGGAGACAAACUCUACUGUGCAUUAUUGGAUUUCAUCCUGGGACAUACUGGACUUCAUUAUGGAUUUUAAGUAAAAGGAAAUAUCGUAUUAUUCAUAUUGGUGGUGCUACAUAUGAAAUAAAGUGGAUUAAUGAAGGUGACAUGUGGUAUGACAUUCAGUACUAUGAUUGUGAACAGUGUUUGUUAAAAGAGAAAGGUCUAAAGCAGGCCUGGGCAACUUUAAAGAGUUAAAAGGAUCCUGUAACCAACCAAUGAAAAGUUGUCUUAUGUCGACGACUGACCAAUCAGAAAGGGAUGAGUGGGCGGGGCUUUGGCAGGAGUUGACUGUGCGUGGCUAACACUGCCGUGUAGUUUGGUUCAGGACGGGAAACGGUUCUGCAGUACAGAUCCGGUGUGGACCCGUGCAACGGAGAAAUAAAUAAAUAGACACGCUGCAUGGAGUGACACAAGAAGGAUUGAAAAAAAAUAGUGUCCACGACCUUAAACGUAUGUCCAUAUCUUAUCCUUUUUUUUUUCUUUUUUGAGAGAGGGUUUAUUUGACGGGAGUUUAUCAGCGUCAUGUCCCAAAGAGUUCGCAGGAACGGCUCGCCGACGUCCAACUGCAGCUCGGUGAGCGGCGGAAGUUCGAGCGGAGCCUCGGGUCUCAGCGCCGGGGUGAGUUUACUGAGCCGCCUGCUGCCCAUGAAAGCCACUGUGCCGUUCCAGCUCAAAGCACAGGCACAGCCCCCCCUACCGGCCAGGAUGGCGCUCUCGAACGGUGGAGGAGGUGGUGGAGGAGGUGGUGGUGCAGGAGGAAAUAACGUUAACGUGAAAUGCUGCAGCGGCGGAUGCGACGCAGCCGGAAGCCGCCUGAGCGCUUCUUCUCGCACCGCGACCUCCUCCUCAUGCGCCGCUUUGAGCCCGUCCGCAUCUCCUCCGUGUACCUCUUCCUCCUCCUCCUCCUCCUCCUCCUCCUCGACGCUCAGAAGCAGCUCUCCAGUGUCUCCUCACACGCAGUGCCCACAGAUCAGUGUGGCAUCAGCUCAUGCCAGCGUGCCUUCCUCCCUGUCUGUGCCCUCUCACAUCGGCUCACACUCUCCCUCCCUGCUGCUCAGCUCACUGACGGACAAUCUGGUGCUGACAGCUGCCUCACAUCCUCCAGGGCCAACUUCUUCCUCCUCAUCCUCCUCUUCAGCAUCGUGUGGACACAGGGGCAAAGCCUUGGCAUCUUCACAGCAGGCCUCACCUGAGAAUGACAGGCUGUCACCUGAGAGAAUAAGCCCGGGCUCACCUGUGCACAAAGAGAGGUGCAGAGUUUCACUGGCUGGUCCAGUGGGCAGCAGUAGCAACAGUGCCAGUAUUCGCCGGACUUCCUCCCUAGACGCCCUCACCGGCCCCUAUCUGUCAGGCCACUGGCCCCGUGAUGCCAGCCACGCCCCCUGUGUCCCCUGCAUGAGAGACAAAGCCACCCAGACCCCCGGUGCCUGGGCGGAUGAAAACGAGGAGAAGAGGCGGAGUUCUCACCAGCGUUCAGCGUCCUGGGGCAGCACUGACCAGCUUAAAGAGAUUGCUAAGUUGAGGCAGCAGCUCCAGCGCAGUAAGCACAUCAGUCGGCACCAUCGCGAUAAAGAGCGCAAAUCUCCUUUCAAUGGCAACCAUGCCGCCAUUAACCAAUCGCAGGCUCCCAUUCCAAAGAGCAUCCUGAUCCCCAUCCCCAUCUCCAAAUCCUCCGUCUCACGCUUCCGCAACAGUGUCGAGGGUCUCAACCAGGAGAUCGAGCGCCUAAUUAUCCGAGACUCAGGAGACAAAGACGAACAGUUUAUUCCUCAGGAUGCCCCUGAUGGGCACCGUGCACCUCCUCCACUGUGCCAGCGCAGCGCCAGCUCCCGCAGCAUCGACACACAGACGCCUUCAGGCAUCACUGUGGGCAACAGCCAUAGCAACAGCAGCAGCCGAUCCCAGUCUGUCUCGCCCGCCUUCCUGAGUGUGCCCAAUGACCCUUGCAGUGACAGCCCCUCUCCCAAUGAGGAACCACUCAGUGAUUGUCAUGAUAAAGAUUUGACACCUGGAUCUCCUCUGCUCAAGUACGCGUCUUCUCCCAAGCCCAACAACAGCUACAUGUUCAAACGUGAGCCUCCGGAGGGCUGCGAGCGUGUCAAGGUCUUCACCGAGGAAACACAGGCCAAACCUCCGCGUGAGAUCCCGCAGUUCUUGUGCCCAGACAGAAACAAGGUCAACUUCAUCCCUAACAGCGGCUCAGCGUUUUGUCUGGUCAGCAUUCUCAAACCACAUAGUCUGAUGAGCGUCCCCACUGAGGCCGAACAGAGAGUGUCCCGCGGCACGAGCACCGUGUCCCAGUAACCUUCCUCCUCUCUCUCCUCUUUCUACCCUUCAUCCUGCCUCAUGUAUGAGACACAGUGAGCUUGAUAUGCAAUCAAUCAACCAAUCAAGUUUCCUGGCAAACUAAGCACACAUUAGAAAUCAAACUAAAAUGAAGUCAAACAAUAAAAGAAAAGAAAACGUA